CGCGUGCGACAUGCCUUCCCGACUAAGGAAGACGCGGAAGCUCUGUGGGCAUGUCAGCCAUGGCCAUGGGCAAAUCGGCAAGCACCAGAAGCACCCCGGAGGUCGCGGAAAUGCAGGAGGGUUGCGCUAUCACCACAUCAACUUCAACAAAUAUCAUCCAGGUUACUUCGGGAAAGGGGGUAUGAGGCAUUACCACUUGAAGAAGAACCAAAGCUACUGCCCAACCGUCAACCUUGAUAAGCUGUGGACACUGGUCAGUGAGCAGACCAGGAUUAAUGCUGCCAAAAGCAAGGAAGGGCUUGCCCCUAUCAUUGAUGUUGUGCGGUCAGGGUACUACAAAGUCCUAGGAAAAGGAAAACUCCCCAAGCAGCCAGUCAUCAUGAAGGCAAAAUUCUUCAGCAGAAGAGCAGAGGAAAAGAUUAAGGGUGUUGGUAGAGCUUGUGUCCUUGUGGCAUAAAACCAAUGUUAUCAA